AUGGAUAUUACAGGUGAACACGAUUUAGAUGUCUGUGCCACUUGCCAUGAACAUGCCACGUGCCAGCAAAAGGAAGGGAAGAGGAUCUGCAUUUGCAACUACGGGUUUUGGGGCAACGGGAGGACACGGUGUGUUGACAAAGACGAGUGCCAGUUUGGAGCCACUGUGAUCUGUGGAGACCACACAUCCUGCCACAACACGCCUGGAGGCUUCUACUGCAUUUGCCACGCAGGCUAUCGGGCCACAAACAACAACAGGACAUUCAUCCCCAAUGACGGCACUUUCUGUGCAGACAUAGAUGAGUGUGAAGAUUUUGGCCUGUGCAGACAUGGAGGUCGGUGCAUCAAUACUCCUGGGAGCUUUGAAUGCUACUGCAUGGAAGGGUAUGUGGCAAAGAACGGGCCUGAGCCUUUCCACCCACACAUGGAUGCGACAUCAUGCACAGAAAUAGACUGUGGUACCCCUCCUGAAGUUCCUGGGGCCCACAUCGUGGGAAGCUACAGCUCCACACCGGGCGGCCAGGCCCAUUACAGCUGCAAAGAAGGGUUUCUCAGCAUCUCAGGAGAUAGGGUUUCACGAUGCACAGCCCUGGGCGUGUGGGAACCUCCAACGUUACAUUGCCAAGAAAUCAGCUGUGGCAGUCCCCCUGAAGUUCAGAACGCCAUCUUGGUGGGGAAUCCCAGCUCCAGCCAGGGGGGUGUGGCUCACUAUGACUGUCAGGAAGGCUUUGAGAGUCCUGGAGGAAAGAUCAUUUCUGUUUGCACAGAGAAAGGCUCCUGGAGUGAAAUCACUUAUGCAUGCACAGAAAUGGUGAUAGAAAUUCAUGGUGUGUCAGUGUUUAAUGACACCUGUGUGAGAUGGCAAAUAAGCCCAGAGAGAAUGAACUCCGAGAUCAUGUACUUGAUACACAUUGAAAGACAGCAGCCAGAUGUUGUGGAAUCAGUUUAUGAGGAGACAUUCAAUGUGACCACAGACAGCAGGAUCCCAGAAGUGUGCCUGCACCUCCAAAAAGGAGCCAAUUACACCAUGAGCAUUUCCACAGCCCCUCCCAGGCGCUCUGUGCCCGCCAUCCUUGGCUUCCGGACGGCUGACGAUCUCUUAGAAGAUGAUGGAAUUUUCAAUAUUUCAGUAUUUAAUGAAACUUGUCUGAAGUUGAACAGGCAUUCUGGGCAAGUUGGAUCAGAGCAAAUGUACCAAGUGGAGGUUCUGGGUCAGAGGUGGUACUUAGACAGCUUCUAUCAUGCUGUUUUCUUUAACUUCACAACGAGAGACCGAGCUCCUGAAGUGUGUUUAGAUCUGUACCCUGCCACUGAUUACUCGAUAAACAUCACCCUUCUGAGACCCACUGAGCUGCGCUCCGCACAAAUAACCAUAACCACCUCAGUGACAGCAGAACAGACCAUCACUAAUAUUUCAGUAUACAAUGACACCUGCCUGAGAUGGACCAGCCUGAAGACAGCCAACGUAGCAGAGAUGUAUUUAUUCCACAUUUGGGGCCAGAGAUGGUAUCAGAAGGCAUUUGUUCAGGAAAUGAUCUUCAAUACCACCAGCAGCAGCCAGGACCCUGAGAUAUGUCUGGACCUGCAUCCAGGCACCAGCUACAAUGUUAGCCUCCAGGCUUUGUCUUCAGCUCUUCCUGUGGUCAUCUACCUGACCACCCAGAUAACAGAGCCCCCACUUCCAGAAGUAGACUUUUUCACUGUGCGUGGAAGGCCUCUACCACGAUUCAGGCUGAGAAAAGCCAAGGAGAUAAAUGGACCUAUCAGUUCAUAUCAGGUGUUGGUCCUUCCCCUGUCCUUGCAAAGCACAUUUUCUUGUGAUUCUGAAGGCAUGACUUCAUUCUUUGGCAACGCUUCUCCUGCUGAUGGAUAUGUGGCUGCGGAAAUCCCGGCCAGGGAUGUUCCAGAUGACACGUUGGAGAUAUCUAUUGGAGACAGGCUGUACUAUGGGCAAUAUUACAAUGCUCCUUUGAAAACAGGAAACGAAUACUGCAUUCUGUUACGGAUCACAAGUGAAUGGAAUAAGGUGAGAAGGUACUCCUGUGCUGUCUGGGCUGAGGUAAAAGACUCAUCACUCACAGCGCAGCAGAUGGUGGGUGUUGGACUGGGCUCCGUGGCUUUUGUGACCAUUCUUGCAUUCCUCUCCUUCUCAGCAGUGUGAUGGCUGAUGGGCUCAGCAUGGGAAGACUCACCUGAUGAUGCACAGAUGUUCUGACAGCUUCUCAGGCCCAUCCACCCUGUGGCUCCUAUCCUAAGCCUUUGUAUGGGGCUGAAACUUUCUCCGUCCCAGCAUGGCCUCAUUCCUGAAUUCAAGAUGGCAGCUGUCUCUGUGGAAUUUCAAAACUUGGGAGCAGUUUAUGUGUAUUUCAUGCUUUCUGGAUCAGUUGUAUAUCUGUGAACUUGAGACUCAUGUCCAGUGUGAUACCACAGGUCACAGACCCCAUGAGUCAGGCCUUGUUUAUUCUGGAUGUGCAUAGACCACAGACCCUGUGAGUCAGGUCCCAGCGACAUUGGACGUGGAGCCUCUGCAUCUUCCUUUAAUUAGUUAGUUCAGGAUCUAUUCUCCUCAAUAGGUAAUGAGAUGGGCUUAAGUCUGGGCUCAAAUUUAUGAAGGAGGACACUGGAUAAAGAAUACAGAUAUGAAUAAAUGUUUCAAGCAUUUAUUAGGAUAUUAGGAUUAGUCCAUGGCCCAUAUCAGGAAGUAGAUUAGCCUGGCCAAUCUCUCAGGUUCCCUUCGUGGCUUUGAUACAAUUCCAGUUGUUUGUGUGAGACCAAAAGUGAUGCCUGCUUUCCAGAAAAAGCAAUCCAUUCUGUAAUUUUGACCAUUCUUCUCCCCCUCCCCCCUUUUUUUACUCAUUAUCUAUAAAAUUGUUCUCUGACUCCUUCAAGAAAUUUGUUUCUGAUGGUAAUAUAGGAACAGUGUGCUGAAGCAGAGUCCAGUUCAUGGUCAGCAUCUACAUAGUUUGGGGGGAUAAGGAACAAUGGUGAUUAACAUAUCCUACCUACACCCCAGUAACCAUGACUGAGACCAUCCAUGAAACAUCAGUUAUAGGCAGGGCUGGCCUACUGUCCAUGUGAAUAUACAGGAAAGUGAAUUAAGUUUGACUUUUAAAGCCCUUGGGUGUUCUUCAGCUAUUUCUCUUAAGACAGCUCAACUCCAAGGCUGUGAUUUCUCUCUUCUCCCUCCCUCCCUUGCUAGAAACACACAACUCAGAACAUGGGAAAGAAAAGGGCAUGCUUAUACACUCAGGGUAGAGCACAGAAGAGUAUGGAUCUAGAACUUUGCACCAGCAGGGCUGUGGCUGGUAUGUUCUCUGCUCUCUCGUGGGGUAUUUGGUGGGGACCUGGUGCUAUGAUUUAUAUGUGAUUUGUCUCCACUAAACUCUUGGUGAAAUUUGAUUGGGUUGGGACUUUACAAACUGAAUUGGAUGUCAGGAGACACUGCUUCUGUCCUUAUGGAACUGGCUUCGUUACCACAAGAGGAUGCGUUACUCUCGAGUCCAUCCUUCCUUCUGCAUGCACUAUGCUUUGAAGCAUUGAGAGACCAUCAUCAGAAGUUGAGAAGGUGCCUGUGUCAUGCUCUUGGGCUUCCCAGGCUCCUGAACCAUGAGCCCAAGUUAUCAGCUUCUUUGUUCUCUAGAAAUCACUGAUGCUUGGCCACUCAAACACCAUCACACUGUCCACAAAGCUGCUCCAACCUGUGUUCUACUCAACUACAGAGGGAUGCAGCGUCCUCAGUGGCCCUUGCUAGUAAUAGAGGCCUCUGUCCUUUGAGUAACUAACCACAGAUAGCAAUUUAGGACCAAUAUUUCUACAGCUCUCUAAUUUUGCAUUCUAGGAUAACUGUCCAAGUUGCCUACAUGGGGACUUAACAUAAUUACCACUGAAAGGAAGAAGUCUCACUUGUUUAAUAUAUAUAUAGAUAAAAACAACUUGGGUUCAAUAACUGACGAAAUAUUAAGUAAACUAUCAGCCUGUGGUACAGCAUAGAAAUGUAAACGGAGUCCAUCCACAGCUGCAAAAAUAGCGAAUACACAAACGCUGUCAUUUCCUCUGACUGUUCCAAAUUAUGAUGUGAAGCUGCUCUGUGCACACACCCAACAGGAGCAGGGGGUGGGUAUUUGCAAGAACCUCCAUUCAUUUUUCUGCAGUCCUUAAAUGGUUUUCCCACAAUGUGAAAAAAGCAUUUUUACAUGAUAAUACCUUUUCCCUACCUUAACUGGACUCCCAAUCAACGUGGGGAAUGACUCUUAGGAAACUUAUGGGUGUCCUGGGAAAAAUGCAGUCAAAAACCUGAGACAAAGGACACUCUAUAGACCACAAUGCUGAUCUGGAUUGUGAGGCUCACUCACUAAAGCUAGAUCUGGGAGCCAGAGAGAUGGAGCAGUCUGAAGACUGAGAUGGAGCCCUGGGACCCAUGCACUGGAAGGAGAGAACUGAUUCCUGCCUGUUGUCCUCAGAAUGCCACCUGUGCUCUAUGGCAUGAGUGUGCCCACACAUGGACUCACACACACACACA